AUGUCUGCUUUUCUCUACGGUGUUGGUAUUGCUACUGCUGCCUUUCUGGGCCGCGCAGGCUAUGUCGCUCUCCAGCGGUCUAGAGGCGGUAUGAACGCGGCGGGCAAGGCAUUCUACAAGGGAGGAUUUGAACCUCGGAUGAAUCGUCGCGAAGCGUCUUUGAUCUUGGAACUCCCGGAACGCACUUUGAACAAGGACAAGGUUCGCAAGAAGCACCGUCAACUUAUGCUGCUCAACCACCCCGAUCGUGGUGGCAGCCCCUACUUGGCCACCAAGAUCAACGAGGCCAAGGAGUUCCUCGACAAGCAGCUUUAA